CUUAAACCCACGCAUUUCUGCCCAGCCCUUCCCAAACCAUUUGGGGAGACAUUUUCGCGCGCACAACAACUGUUCAACCGAAAUACCGUCAUUUUGGCGGUUGAAACACUGUGUAUCCCACGAAUAUUGGUUCUGGGAGCAUCUGCUUUGUUUUUGAGCGACCACUGCUCCUGUUUGCGAUUUACAUUCCAAGCAAUUCCUAUUUAACGUCAUUCUUGUGUUUGCGGGGCCAAAUCGCGACAAGCGGGUGUUAACACACCCCACCCCCCCCAGUAAGGCGACCGAUCAGCCUUCCUCUUCGAUGCUCACAAUUGAAUCCUUGUUCAGCAGUAACUUUCUCGGUCAGCUGCGCGCCAUCGUCCAAAUGCCGGCUUCACGCGACAAGGCUGGCUCGCCGGAGCGCGGUCAACCCACCAAGACCGGCACGCAGAACCACCCCGCGCCCACAACGAGGCGACCAUGCAGACGUCGCAUUACGCGGGCCGAGCCGGGCUCGCUGUACGACAUCCUGCAUGACCAUGCCGGCACUUCCCUCUACGUCGUCCCCAUCUGCUGGACCGACCAACAUACCCGCCUGCUUGGGGCGCGCUUCCUCAAGCGCUCCGCCGUCGUCAAGCCCGUACCGGAUCUCGUCCACGGGGUGUGGCUUGAGCCGUCCAAGAUGGCGCAGACAUUGACUUCGGAGUUGCACACCCUCGUCCGGGAGAACGCGACACCGGCCAGGGCCUUCUGCAAGGUCCGCGCCAUGAAGCAUAUCCUGUCGACCCUAUUCCCUGCGACAUUGUCCCGCGCCAAGACUGGCGCCGAGCUGAACCUGUACUUCGGCCAUCGCGUCUUCAGGAAAGUCGUUCGUAUCCCAUGCGUGUGGAAGAGCCCGAGCAGUGUCGACACAUCCUUCGAUUCCUGCCCGACAUUACCCUCGACAUCAUUCAACGGAACACCAAAGAGCAGUCGCGAUCCUGGAAUGCCUAUGCUCGCCUACAUCAACAAGUCCCAGCUUGCUGCCAUUCGCCAAAAUCUCUACGGGGUGCUUCGUGGGCCUGAGGGCAAGACCAACGAGGCCGUCAGCAGCCUGCAACGGCUUCGAUCCAAAAUGUUGGUCCCAGCAAAUGCCGACCACGACCCUUACAUCAUUGCCAUCCUCCUAGCUAUGGCGCAGGCGCACUUCUACCACGAAUCGUCAUCGCGGUCCUCGUCCCAGUCCAGCUCUCAAGGCAGCCGAAAGUCAGUCCGCAUCGCGCCGCCGUCGUUCCAGGACGUCAAGGUGCAAGUCAUCACCCAUGACGAGGGCAACGACAACAACCCCAACUUCGCCGUCUACACCGCGACCAUCACGGCGACGUUUUUGGACCGCUUCAUGUCCCCCGCCAAGGCACCCAAGGGGCAGACCGCGAAGGAGCUGGGCGCCGGCCUGGACAUCUCGUACACGCCAGUGAGCUUCUGGCCCAUCCUCGGUCUGAAGGAACGCCUCUCCAAGGCUCUCGGCCGGGAGAUCGCUGGGGACUCCAUCUACGACGACCCCAACCACAUCGGCCUUUGGGACCCACUGCUGGAGCCGCAGCAGAGACCAGUUUACCACCCCGUCAGCCUCAAGCGGAGGCGCACGGACAGGGAGCCGCUGUCGCAGGUGUUGAACAGCAGCUUCGAGGAGGAGCCGCCCAGCAGCCCGGACGACCGGCCAGUGCUCAGUCCUGCCACUAAGAGGCGGAGGACGACACGGCGGGUCAAUAGUAGCACUCUGGAAGUGUGCUGAGCACGGACCUCGGAGUUCAUGGAUGGUAUGACGAGAAUGAUUUGGGAUCUGCUCUGUUUUGUUGUCUUCCGUGACUUGACUUCGCGGUAAGAGAUUGAUGAGUUCGGUAUGAGGGCACGACAACACGGUCAGGGUAUGGGAAAUGAUACAUGGUAUGGUACAAGGCCCCUUGGAGGGCUGGCUGGGUAAAGGUGUUUUGAAGGGGAAUCAUUGCUGAGGGUUUAUGGCUGCCGAAAUGGGAGCUAUCACCAUCAUGGGUAUGGUCAUCAGGAUGCAUCACACGGAUGAGGCGCUGGUUGGGUUGGCUUGUGGUUACACCUGGCCUUGGGCCGAAUGCCAGCAAUGGCUGAUAAAGUUUGUGCAUUGUUUUUAUCUUCGAUAGGUAUUUUAAAAUAUCCUUGCCUGCGUA